UGCACGAUGGGAGACCAUCCACGAGAAGAAUUGGGUUUAAAGGCCUCUCGCCGUUCCAGAGAACCCAGGGCUCGGCUGAAGACCCGGGUGCUUCCCGAUCUAUAGCUAAAGGAUCCCAAGAUGCAGCAGGGGGAAGGGGCGGAGGCGCAGGUGACGUGGGAAGAUCAGCAGAACAUCAACAAGUUUGGGAGGUUGAACAAUCGCUUCCACGAGCUCGAGGACGAGAUCAAGGUCGCGAAGGAAGCAAAUGAAAGUUUGGAGGAUGCCAGCAACGAAUUAAUUUUGUCUGAUGAGGAUGUGGUGAGGUUCCAAAUAGGCGAGGUCUUUGCUCAUAUGCCUCGGGAAGAAGUUGAGAGCAGGUUGGAGAAGAUGAAGGAGGAUGCUAGCAAGGAACUGGAGAGGCUGGAAGAAGAAAAGGAAUCUGUACUUGCACAGAUGGCUGAGCUCAAGAAGAUCUUGUAUGGAAAGUUCAAGGACUCCAUCAACUUGGAGGAAGACUAAUUGGGGCUUUGCACUGCCUCGUGUUUAUUUGUGUUCCAUCUCCAUAGUCCUUAACAGUGUACUUUUAAUAGGCUGCCGCUUGUUUGCUAGAAGUUCGUUGGUCGGUAUUUUCUUAUCAUCUGAUGAACCUCUCAGUUCUAUAAAUUGGGCGCCAUUGAUGUCAUUAUUUCUUCCAAAAAAAAAAGUUGUAUGAAUGUGUCCUGCUUUUCUUGGGAUGAAUCCUUAAGUUACAGCAAUCUGGAAGUUAUUAUAUUUGUUGUC